AUUUGACCCCAUUAGAGCGACGUGAUGGACAUAUUUUGGAGGCGUUUAGCAGCAGCGCUCGUCCUCCAGUGCGCCAUGCAGAGUUGAGUUGGCAUGCAGAGCGCGUAGCACCCACAACCCUCUGGGGCUUCACCUGAGUCUAGACGCUCCGCACGGCGCACUUUCCCCGCACUGCCGCACGCACAACCCUAUACACAGCCGGCUGAAUGCGUCGGCUGUCGGACUGCUUUUGCUCGUGUGAUCGGUGACUCUGCGCUCCAGCCGGGGGUGACAAAACGAUGCACCCCUCGAUAAUUCUGCGCUCGGGCGUCUUGCCUGUGCAUUCACGAUGAAUGGCUGCCCGUAGAGAGAAAGAGUCGGACUCCUCCAUUGAAACACUUUCCAGCAGAUUGCAAGCGAGGGGACUCUGUAGUGCUGGGCUUUACGAUAUGGCUCAGAUGCUGCAGAUGGCGAUUCCCAACUUUGGCAACAAUAUCUUGGAGUGUCUUAAUGAGCAGAGGCUUCAGGGACUGUACUGUGAUGUGUCAGUUGUGGUGAAGGGACACACAUUUAAAGCCCACCGGGCAGUGCUGGCUGCCAGCAGCUCCUAUUUUCGAGAUUUGUUCAACUCUGGAAGCAAGAGCUCUGUGGUGGAAUUACCGCCAGCGGUCCAACCUCAGAGCUUCCAGCAGAUCCUUUCCUUCUGCUACACCGGUCGACUUAGCAUGAAUUUAGGCGAUCAGUUCCUCCUAAUGUACACAGCGGGAUUCCUGCAGAUUCAGCAAAUUAUGGAAAAAGGUACAGAGUUCUUCCUAAAGGUCAGCUCGCCAAGUUGUGACUCGCAGGGUCUUCACACAGAAGAUGCGCCACCUUCAGAACCCCAAAGUCCUGUUACCCAAACUGGGACUGGCUCUAUAGGUAUGGGUGGGUCAACAGCAGCUCGACCUGCAUCCUGCCAAACACCACUUCCAUUAGUGUCAAGAGUUAAGACGGAGCAGCUACCACAGGCCCCUCAGCCACUUCAAGAAGCAUCAUCAUAUUCGGUAGUUUGCACUCCAGUUGCUAAGCGCCUUUGGGAAGGAGGCAACCGUGAAGGAGGUGGAGGAUCAGGAGGAAGUGGAGGUGGAGGUGUGAGAAAAGCAGCACGUUAUUCGCAGGAAGUGGUACGAAGUGUGGGCGGGGCACAGCCUCAAAGCAUCGCUUUAUUGGGCGGAAGUGGCACAACUAAUAGCAACAGCAACAACAAUAAUAACAACAACAGCAGUAGCACGCCGGAAGGCACCAGCCCAGGAACUCCCAGCAUGUACACCAGUGACUCGCCAAUCUCUUACCAUGAUGAUGAUGAAGAGGAGGAAAUCCCGGAUGAAACGACAGAAGAACAGUACAGACAGAUCUGUAAUAUGUACACUAUGUACAGCAUGCUGAAUGUAGGGGCAACUGCUAACGAACGAGUGGAAUCACUUCCAGACCACCUCACCGUUGAAUCAAGAGGAAGAGGAGUUCGAGUGAGGCAAGAUCUGGCUUCUCUUCCCACUGAGCUCAUUGCACAGAUCGGAAACCGCUGUCAUCCUAAACUGUAUGAAGAAGGUGACCCUGCUGAGAAACUGGAGCUAGUAACAGGCACCAGUGUUUUUAUUUCACGUGCUCAGCUGAUGAACUGCCACGUUAGUGCGGGCACACGCCACAAAGUGUUGCUCCGGCGGCUCCUGGCUGCCUUUUUUGACCGAAGCACUCUUGCAAACAGCUGUGGUACAGGCAUUCGUUCCUCCACCAACGACCCAAAUCGCAAGCCCCUCGACAGUCGGGUUCUUCACGCUGUUAAGUUUUACUGCCAGAACUUUGCUCCCAGUUUCAAAGAGAGCGAAAUGAACGCAAUCGCUGCAGACAUGUGCACGAACGCACGGCGCGUGGUCCGCAAGAGCUGGAUUCCCAAACUAAAGCUUCUAAUGGCAGAAAGCGACGCUUACGCCAACUUCCUUUCAGACGCCGCCAAACUGGAGUCUGACGGCUUGGGAGUGGAGAAUGCUUUUGAAACGGGAUCCCUGGAAGGUGGUCCAGCCUCUGAAUCAGGCCAGUCAUCUGCAGAUGCCCUGCACGGCGUUAGCGGGGAUGGUAGCAGCUUGUUUUAGUGAGUAACACUAACCAUGGUUCAGCUAUUCUUUCCCUUCUCCACUCCUCCAAUGCAUCCCAGUCUCACUUUGGCCGUUGUUAUCAGGGAAUCGCCAUGUGUAUCUUUAAGAAGACCGUUAUUGAGUUUGAUUUCCAAAAAGCUGGUAGUUUUUAUGUUUUGAUUGUACCUUGAAGGCUCUCCUCUUCAUACUGCAGAAAUACAUUCCUGAAGAGAAGGGACCUAUGGGAACAUUUAAGGGUGAACCCAAGGGGAAAUGGUGUCUGGAAGCGUCUAUUCAGUGUACAAACACUGUCAUGAUUCUGAAUGUAUCUUUUUAUGGAGAAUGCAGAGAGUGAAUAUUGCUGGACGUCAGAUUGUAUUCAUCUGUUAAUAUUUAAUAGCUGUGUAUUUGCUUCCUGGACUCCAUUUCCUCUUUUAAACACCCUUUAAUGUUUUGUUUUUCUGUUUUUAUUUGUAAUUUUUGGCCAAACUGUUCCUUCAUUUGUCUUGCCAAGUAUCCCGAGAGAGGAAGUUUGUAUUGAUUGUUCUGAAUUUGUAUGAGGCAGAUGAAUCUGUUUUGGUAUAUCUGAAACUACUGUUGUGUUUUGAUAGAGAGAGACUGAAGAUUCUCGCCCUUUGAAUCAAUGAAUUCGAAAUAGCUAUCCAUGUGUUUUUGCGUUAGCGAAAUCCAAGAUUAUUUCAGCCUUUUUAUUUUGGUAUAUUACCAAAGCUUAAAAUUGGUUUUGUUAAAUCAAAUCUGGAAGUUUUUAAUGUCAAAGCGAAUCCCAAAAGCUUUAACAAUAGUCUUUAUUUCCUUAGUAGUUUUGUAUAGAUGACGCAGGACUGGCAUUGCGCUGUAUAAAUGUGUGUAUGGCGACUGCAGAUGGUAGUUUUGAUGCAGCUGACUGCUUCAUGCACCUUUGGCAGGAGUGUGGUGCAUGAUGCUGCAUUCUGACAUGCUACGCCUCAGCGCCUUUGACAGAGAUGCACUAAAUGCUCUGAUGAAGUGGGCCGAGUGCAGUAUUAGAGAUUGGCACUGAACAGGCAUCGGUGUCACAGCUAUUGUGGUUCUAAACCACUAAAACCACUCUGAGAGUGGAAGCUGUUUUAUAGGCUUUUUUAAAAGUUUUUUUUUUUUUUUUAGUUUUUAAGUAUGUCAAAAGGAGAAGUUCUUGAAGUCUCUAAAUAAAGAGAUGUUUUAACCCCAGACUUCAAGAAAGCAUGUUGUUGCACCCCUGAAAUAUUUGGGGAUGCGUUAAAAUUUGAUUCCCAAAGUAUGACCUGUCUCUUCAGGUGUUUUAAGCACACUUAUAUUUUGUUUGAAUAUUUGAUCAUGGCUGAAGAAUGGCAUAAUAUACAAAAUUGUUAGAACCUAAAUGCUCAAUUAUUAGCACAAAAGUGGGUUGUAAGAGUUAACGUUUUAUGUUUUUUACUUUAAAGUAGUAGUUCACCCCAAAAACACCCAAGUUCAGUUGGAGUUUCAUUUUACAGUUACUCAUGCAAAUAUUUUCAUGCUGAGAAACUACUUUGAAGCUACUUUGCAUGCACAAAAAAUCUAAAGUGUAGAAGCUAAGAAUAUUGGUAUCCAAACAGUUUUCUUAACACCUGCAACGUUUACAUGUACAUCAGUAAUCAAAUUGUUUGCCUUACUCUGAAUGAGACAAUAAUAUGAUUAAGUUGUUGACAUGAGAUGCUUGUUGAAUGUUCUUUUCAUGAUCCAGUUUUACAUGUUACAGCACAUAAUUUACUUAACAUCACCACACCAUCCACAUUUCUUCCAGAGUUUCUAGUAAUUUCGGUUGUGUAGUUAACAAAAGCUCGGCAGCAGAACCACGCCUCACUUUGUCUCCUUAAAUAAGUUUUUAGGGAGUAGGUGAUUGGUUAAGGCAGACCAGCUCUCUAGCACUGUUCUUCUCGUUCUUUGGAACCCACCCUCCCUCUAUUUCCUCGCUUCCCACUGACAAUCCUAUAACUGUCUCCUCCCUCCCAGGUUGAAUCAGGGUUGUCCAAUCACUCUACCAAAGUAUUACAGAGACUGUACCCCCACGUCUCUGGGCAUCAUCGUAGGACACCCAACUGACCUACUUGCCUGUUCACGGUUUAUCCUCUUCAGGGUUCAUACACAUUUUUACUCCAAAAAUUCCAUGAUUUUCCAAGACUUAAGUAAAUUUUUAUUACCCAAUGUUUCAUGUAACGUCUACGUGUACAUAGUAAAUCAUAAGAAAAACAAUCCACGUUUACAUUUAUUAUAGCAUAUCAUAAAACAUGCAACAACCUCUUUAGUUCAAACAUAUUUUUAUAUCUAUGUAAAAUAGAUGAUGCUUGCACAGCAUUAAUUAUGUGAGAGCAUGUUUUUGGCCAAGUAAAGACGUAAAAACAACUAACCUCCAAUCCAGAAUACAGAUAUUUGUCAGACUAAUUUUACAUAAUGUUAAUAGUUUGUUAAACUAAUAAUAGUAGAUAAAACUAUUCUCUUAUAAAGCAGCGAUCACACUUUAUUUUUCACUCCUUGGACUUCCGUUUAUAGGCAUGCAAAUGCGUCAAACCAGAAACACAAGCAAGUGCAACAAGUUUCGCAUUUCACUGCAUUCGAAAGUUCAAGCUUGGUAAAUUCUUACCUGCGAAAUCACAUCAGUUAAUUGCGUGAGAUCACAAGAAAAGGUUAUUUAAAAUAAGAAUAUUAAAAUAUGACCUCAGCGGAAGUUGCUUUGGACAUAAAUGUCGGCUAAAUGUAAAUGUAAUUUUCAUUUUUCAUGACUUUUCCAAAACCUUGUGGGUUUUUUUGUUUCUGCAAAACUUUACUAGGCCUGGAAAAUGUCAUACCAGCCUCUUACUUCCCUUCCCCUUCAUCCCACUGUUUCUUUAUCCAUUCUUUAUCUAUUCAUCCCUACAAUAAAGUCUAGCUCAAAGUGUGGCUUGGUCCAUGCUGGUGAACUGCAAUUUGCCACUUUCACUAACAAUCAAGAACAUUUCAUGCAUGCCCCCUUGACAAACAAGAUAUUGGAUGCGAGGAACUGUUGGAAGAGUGUUGUUUUAAUGGAAUUUAAUACAGCAUGCCUUAUGGCCAAAAAAUCUCCACAUUUCAUGAUGAAGGUAUCUGUUUUUCCUCACUGACUGGGUAGGUGCAAAGAAUAGUGUCAAAGAGAUGUGCUUGUACAGACUAUCCUGUCGCAAAAUGCGGCGAAGAUCCUACAUGACGGUAACAGUUUGAUUGCAGUGUUUACAUGUCUAUACUGCACUUUAAUAAUGCGACUAAAAUAGGCAUAUAGGCAUGGUAGAUUCUUCAUCAGAGUAUUGUCUUAAUCAAAUUAAAAUAGGAUUAUUGGUGUUCAUGUAAACUUAGCCAUUGGCUUUCCAUCGCACGGACAAAAAUAUUACUUAAAAUAUCUAAUAUAUAAUGACAAUUAUUCAAAUUUAAUUCUUGGAAAAUUAUUCCUUUUAAAUUCCUUAUGUUAUACAGUCUCUUCAGGAUUUUGCAGGGACUAUUUUUAAUAUAUGCAGCCUACAAUCACUGAUUUUCUCACAACUUUCCUCAAAUGUUGCCAUUAUAAGCUGCAAUUCAUGGGUUUUGCUGUAAAAAAUACACAAUUUUAUUUAUAUAUUUGACCUCAAGAUAUAUUGGGGUCACAAAAUCCUGGAGAGACUGGUUAUUAGUGCUUGUAUGAUAAACAUUUUUAUAUUUCUGAAUACAAAGUGCAACCAACAAAUGUUCUUUUUUCGCAGUGUCUAGUUUACCACCACAGCUUCCCCCCCUAGUUUUAAAGACUGCAAAAUAAACAUGACCAUUGUAGAUAUUUGCACUGAUGCACAAUAUGCAAGUGCUAGACUUCGAAACUGAAUAUCUAAUAGCAGAAAGCCCACAAAACUUAUAUUUCUAAACUUCGAAUUUUGAGUGAAUUAUCCCAAAGUUACUUUUGAAAAAUGGCAGCCGAAGUCUGUCAAUAGACUGCACUGGGCCAGACAUGAGCUGUUUUUACCUCUUAGCCACGUGGUACGAUCCUGAGAGACUGCACCAAGUCUUAAUCACAGUACGAUGGGAUGAGAAUGAGAUAUUUGCACAGAAAAUCUGAACCAGACUGUUCGGCACUGCCUUAAAGAGUGAAAGUUGGUGCUCGGGUGUCUGUGGCAGACAGAAAUGGUGGGAAGGCAGUGCACAGAAAAUGCCUGGAUGAGUCUGUAUGUAUGCAUGCAUGCGUGCUACUUUUGAGCCUCUUUUUCAUUUCCAUUUUUGGAGACUUGUAUGCUAAUGUCUGUGCAUUCAUGCGAGGAGGCUGACAGGAAAGCGAGAGCGUGCGCCAAAGGCAUGCUUUUAAUGUGUGUGCAUUUGUUUAUGCGAACGUGCUCUAAUGUGUGCGAGUCUGGCUUUUGUGUGCCAAAUGCAUGUCUGAUAGAGAGUGUGUGUGGGUGGUGUUGGUGUGUGUGUGUGUGUGUGUGUGUGUGUGUGUGUGUGGAGUAUGUGUGGGUUAACGGGUGGGUGGGUGUUUGGUAUGUGUGUAUGCAGAGAUCAGAGAGCUGUGUUUGUUUUCGUCUGACUCAGAGAGAGAGAGAGACGUACAGUGCAGACGCAAGCAGAGAGGGGAGGGAAUGUAUUGCUGAGGAGAUGGAUAUGCACACACUCACACACACACACACACACGCACACACGCACACACGCACACACGCACACACGCACACACGCACACACACACACACACACACACACACACACACACACACACACACGUUUAAACACACAACUGGUGCAGUCAGCCAUUUCCCAAAUGGAGGCAUCAAAUUGUACGCUUUGAUUAAACAAAUAUUCAUCUCGCACUGACUCCUAGUCUGGUUUGGCUCAAUUAGUUUUGUUUCUUCACUGUGGUAUUACCAUGAAAUUAAAAUGAAAGAGUUCACGCAAUGAUUAUUAUUUCCUGUUAUUUUGCUCACCCUGGGAACAUCAAUUCAGUCACGCUUUUUUCUAUAGCGCUUUAUACGAUGUAGAUUUUACGAAUUAAGAAGUCAUGACAUUGCAGUUUGUGGGACAUGUUCAGCAUACCAGGCAGGUUAAUGAGGA